CUACCACACGGACAGAUACGCGAUAAUGAUGAUGAGCAAGGUGAUGUGCCUAAAAAGCAGAAAUAUCCGUAUGGCGUCGGAUUUAUCAUUGGAAAUGAAUUUUGUGAACGAUUCUCAUAUUUCGGAGCUAGAACAAUUUUAAUCAUAUACUUUACAAAAAUACUCAAAUACCCUGAUGACUCCGCGAUUGACUACUACCAUAUAUUCACUAUGACCUGCUAUAUGACCACGAUCAUCGGCGCUAUUAUUGCCGAUACACUGUGGGGAAAAUUCAAGACAAUACUUUAUCUGUCAAUCCUAUACGCUAUUGGCAAUAUUGUAUUAUCAUUGGGUGCCUACGUUGAAAAAGAGUACGUAUCAUGUCAUUCAAUUGUUGCCGCAUUUGGGGGAGACCAAUUUGGCCCGGGUAUGGAAAAGCAGCUAGAGAAAUAUUUCUCCCUAUUUUACGCGGCUAUAAACGCCGGCGGAUUUUUGUCGACUAUCGUGACCCCGAUGUUAAGGGAAGACGUCAAGUGUUUCGAUAGGGACUCCUGUUUUCCGUUAGCUUUCGGAGUACCGGCUAUACUGAUGGUGGUGGCGCUCGUGCUGUUUAUCGCCGGCAGGUUUAUCUGCAAUUAUAAUAUGAUCCCUCCCAAGAAGGAUAGUGUCAUCGUGCAAACAUCGUUGUAUAGAAAAUUGUUUACACGUCGACCAAAAAGGGACCACUGGAUAGAUUACGCUGAUGAUAAAUUUGAUGCACAAACAAUAACUGAUAUUAAAGGCUUGAUGAGAGUGUGCUUUCUAUUUAUACCUUUGCCUAUAUUUUGGGCACUGUAUAAUCAACAGGGUUCAGUAUGGACACUGCAAGCUAUUAAAAUGAACGGAAACCUAUUUGGCUCAUACACAAUUAAACCUGAUCAAAUACAAGUGAUAAAUCCCGUAUUAAUCAUUGUAUUUAUUCCUAUAUUUGAAUACGUCAUCUACCCAUUAUGCGCAAAAAUGAACUUGCUCAAAAAACCACUGCAACGCAUGGUGUGCGGGGGUGUUUUAGCGGCAAUAUCCUACGUGAUAUGCGGGUUCAUACAGAUAUGGGUGGAAACUAAGCCAGAUGGUAGCGUGAAUAUAUUGUGGCAACUGAUCCCUUAUAUUGUGAUAACCGCCGCCGAGAUUAUGUUCUCGAUCACCGGUUUAGAGUUUUCGUAUCAACAGGCGCCAAAAAGUAUGAAAUCCGUAAUACAGGCUGUUUAUACUACCACGGUAGCAUUUGGGGAUAUUAUUGUCAUUAUCAUAUCGUCCGCGAAGUUAUUCGAAAAGGAGUCAAACACGUUUUUCUUUUUUGGCGGUUUAAUGGUUGCCGAUAUGAUUGCAUUCGCGAUUAUGGCCUAUUAUUACGUGCCAUACAAACAACCUAGUCCAAUUAAUAAUAGCGAUAGUGAUGUUGAUGAAAGUGACAUUCCGAAGGAUUCCAUUAAGAAUAAGCAAUAGUUUUAUUUUAUUAUAUUUAACUUAAAUUUUAUUUAUUAAUUAAAUU